CAUGCUUACACACGUGUUUUUACAACGAAGAGCAAUUGGAGAGCCGGCGGUGUAGUAGAAUAUUUCUGUACCAAAUAAACGAUAUUUCCCAGGGUUUCAGUGUUUGUUUUUGCAAAUUCUCAAUCAUCACCAUGCCAAAAUCAAGACAUAAGAAAGUAAAAGCUGUGGAUCCCUUCUGCACCGGGAAUCGGAGGGCGUUAUUAUUGGCGAAAGAGAAAGAAUUUGACAGAGCCCCAAAACAUGUUUCUACUCAGGAGAUACCACGCAGUCUCAAAAACAUGCUGGAGGCGACUAAAUUGGCAAAACAAGGUCACACACCUAAACAAAAACAAAAACAAGCCGUGCAAAAAUUGGGUUCUGUCGAGCGACGACCGGGGGAGUCCCACAAUCACUUCAUGAAGCGAGUCGGCUCCGGGGCUAGGAAGAAGCUGACUGAAGUCCGAUCCAAGCUGGAGACUGAUGGCAUGACAGGCAGUGAAAGGCUGAAGUCUGAUCAGGCAAUCAAGAAGAACAAAGAGAGGUUUGCCAUACUGCAGCAGAAGAUUAAAAGCAGGAAGUUUGAGAAAACACUGGAAAAACAAGAAAAAGAUUUCUUCAAAGAUCGUGUUGAGUUCGGGGAGGUCGUGUCAGCCCCGCCCGUAUUUUCAGCGAAGCCAAGAAAAAGCAACGACAAAGCAGACAAGCCUGGCAAGCGACAACUCCUCUUGAAAUCAAUGCUCCAACCACAAGAGUCUACUCCAAGGAACCACAACAGUGGAGACGAAUCUAAGAAACCAAACAGGACAGGAGGAACGUCGCAAGACAAUGCAGCCAAGGCCAAGAAGAGGAAACACAUGAGCAACGCCGAGAAGCGCAACUUUGACCGUUCGCGGGAGGCGGCCAUUUUGGCCUACCGAAAAGCCAAGGGACAUCAUGGGCAGGACCAUCCAGUCUUGAUGAGCACUUAAAACUGUUGCAUUUUGGACAUGACCAACAUUGUGGAGUGUUUAUGGCCUCGACGUUCGUGCCUCAAAUAUGAGAUCAUGUGAUUGAUUCCACAUAUAGAUGUGCGCGGACAUCCGGGAAUUGUUAUAUAAUUGGCUUAUCUAGCUCCAAGACUUUCAUGUUCUUGAACCUCAAUGGUUCUUGAGUCUGGAGUGCUGAAUGGUAGCACAUAGCAACCGAUGAAAACUGGUCUGCAAAUGAAUAGAUGUUUUCAUCGGAUGACGUAAUCCCACCCACACCUAUUGAGUUCAAAUCCAGCUAGUUGGAACGAGAGAAACGCUGCAACCAUGUACCAAUCGUUUCUGUCUGUCCCUGAGAAAAUGGAUAUAUUUGUAAGGACGAAUUGGCUGUUGUAUUCAAAUUAUCCAUUUGUGCUAAAAAAUCGCAGUCAUUAGAAGAUGUGAAAUUUUUAUCUGCUUAAUGAGCAAGGAAAUGGGAGGCAUGUUCAUUGAUGUGUUCCAUUUCUUUUGUUGGAAAUACACGCUUUCGGCUUUACCCUGCCGUGCAGUUGAACCAGGGAAUUACAUCUUGAAAUCUUAAUGAACUGACAUGGCAUGUCUCUGUAGGGUUUUCAGACUCCCUUGGGUACUUUUUUAAGGGGGGUUUCAGAGAAGAAGGCCUCACUUAUUCCAGUAUUAAAUGAACUUAUGUAAAAAUUUGUUGGAGAGUUCUAACUGAUCUGCCACAGAAUGAAGCUAGAAUUUGAGCAACUUAUCAUGUCUGAUGUUUGAAUAUUUCAUGUCAAAUUAAUCCACAGUAAUUCCAGGUACAAUACAUCUGUGAUAUACCUUGACGUGGACAAUAUUGUUGGGAAAAACCAGCUCCCCAACCCCUUCAAGAGCUUGCAAAAAAAUGGCUUUAAGAAAAAAAUGAGAGACCAUAUCGCCUCCCUCAAAUUUUGAUACAUGAUGUGUCUGUACUGUGCAGCAUCUUUUUCAUGAGUUGCUGCAUGUAUUCGCUGAAAUUAUUUGUGGAAGACUUCGAGAGGCCUUUCAUACAUGAAUGCAUUUUGAGUUUUAGGCAGGGUUUGACCUUAACUUUUUUUCCGCUAGCCAAGCGGGCUACUGAAAAAUACUCUUAACUAGCCUGGGGGUGUUUAACUUUUCUUUUAUAGAAUGUUUAAUAAACAAUGUGCAUACAUGUUA